AUAUAUUUGCGGGAAACCAGGGAUAAAAAUUUGCGAAUGUUUUUACGUUUACGUAUUUUAACGUAUGUCAUUGUGCAAAAGCGAAACACAAAAACUUGAUGCUGGUUCCUCACUCGGUCUCUGUUGAUGCGGAUUGUGAGUAUAAAAAUUGUACCGCACCGGGCAGAAGUUCAAAGCUCCAAGCGAAUAAAAAAAAACAACCCACAGACAUCCUUUCAGAUUGACUGAACCUGUUGAAGACCGCACAGGAGACAAAUCACCUGCAAGAUGCAGGCAACUAAUUUACAGAAUUCCGGCCAACGGCAAAUGAUGGGAGGGGCCAUGCCUGUCGGUGUCAGUACAUGUAGUUCGUUAAUGCCGUCAGGAAUCGGUGCCGGGAUUGGAGGAGGGGUGGCAGGCAUUGCACAGACGCGACUAUCGCAGGAGAGAAAAGCCUGGAGAAAGUCUCAUCCGUUUGGAUUCGUUGCUAAACCUACAAAGCAUGCAGAUGGGACGCUGAAUUUGAUGAAUUGGGAGUGUGCAAUUCCGGGGAAAAAGGGGACGUCCUGGGAGAAUGGUGUAUAUUCCUUGAGGAUGAUGUUCAAGGAUGACUACCCCUCAUCACCACCAAAAUGUAAAUUUGAACCUCCACUGUUCCACCCUAACGUCUACCCUUCGGGCACUGUUUGCUUGUCGAUACUGGACGAGGAAAAAGACUGGAGACCAACAGUUACAAUUAGACAGAUCCUUACUGGGAUACAGGCAUUACUUGACGAUCCCAACAUCAAAGAUCCAGCGCAGGCGGAGGCCUACACUAUAUUUACGAGCAACAAGGCGGAGUACAACAAGAGAAUUAGAUCGCAAGCUGAACAGUUCAGGCCAACUUGAGAUUCUUGUUGCCUCGUCAUCAUCAUCCACAGCCAUCCUAAGUCCUUCUGUGUCCUGUUCCUUCGGAAAACUCAGCCUCAGAUACUCAAUUUUUUGUUUGUGUUUUUUCACUUUUUGGUCAUGACUGGUACACAUACACACACAGGUAUCUCAAAGAAGACUCUGUCCAUGACGAAUCUGUCCAGAAAACGUUUCAAAUCUUGGAGUUUUCUCCUUAGUUAUCCAACUAAAAGCAGCAGCUUGUUUCAUGUGUAGAUGGAAGCCCUGUAGCUUACCCGACCCUUGGACGUGAGAAUUUGCCGUAAUAGCUUUUAUGCCACUUUCACCUCAUUGGAAAUUGCCUUUCCAAAACAGUUAGUGUUGUUUUGUUACCCUGUUUGGCUCACAAGGAAAUUAUCCCCCCAAAAAUGAAAAGAAGAAUUAUUGUUAUUAUUAUUAUUAAUCAUUUCUGGUAAUGAAACCAAGGAUUCCUCAAAAGCGCCCUAGGCACUGUAGCUCGCAAGCCUGAAGAAACCUGUGGACAAUGAGAAAAAGUUACAGUUUUAGAGGCGGGAAGAAAAGCCCAGAAGAAUAUUCUGGGGAAAACCCACGGAAUCAGGUAGGGACUGAAAACCCAAUCCACAUAUUGGCCCAGGCGGGAUUCGAACCCGGGUCACAGCGGUGGAAGGCGAGGAAAGUACCGCUACGCCAACCUGGCUUUGUAAGAAUGGCUUUGUACAUGCUCAUCAAAAUUCACAUUUUAUAUUUUCAUGUUUCUGGCUAUGGAAAUCAAAGCAAAAAACACAAAUCGCAGUGAUGAUUUUUGCAAGCGUGCAGACUACUUUCUAGAAUAUUGUAAGUUUUUGGAUGCUUUUACCAGGGCAGGGAAUUUUACUUUCAAAGAAAUUACAGAAAUAACGUACGUGUUUAGAAAUUGCCUGUAGAUAAUCCAUUUUAAUUUAAUUCUAGGCUGUGUUACAAACUCUUUUGUGGUACAUCGAAAUUUAGGUAGAACGUACAGGUCUCACAUUUUCUAGAAGCAAAAAUGAAGGUAGUUUGAGUUUAGAUUAAACACACAGGGACACGCUGUGGUCUCUGAAGAACAUCACAAAAAUACCCAAGUUCUUUUGUGUAAGAACAAAAUUCGUGGAACUUCUGUGUAGAAAAUAUUACUGUAUUUAUGUUUGUGUUCUUUUGUAGUCCAAAAGUUAAGAGUGUUGUUAAUUCUGAUGUAAAAAAAGAAACAUUAAGCCUUCACGAAAAAACAAUAUUUGUUGAUGAUACCUCGUUUUAAGCAAGUUUUUUUUAUAGAAGAAUUAGAAAGGGAGAAUGGAAUUAUCCAGAACUGUGUAUAAUUGUAGAUUUUUCUUGUCAGUUUAACCAAGAAAUAAAAAAGGCUUGGCACUUGUUUUUGUUGGAUGGGGGAGGCAUGGGGAAAGAUUGUUUUUCUUUUUUGCAAACUUUGGGAUGUUUUUCUCGAGUGUAAGUAUGAAGACCAAUCUCAAAUCGGUUUCUGAUUUGGUCAGAUUAUUGAAAACAAACAUUUCUAUUUGUUCAGUCAUCAAUAACAGAUAAAAUCACUGCAGGAAUGAUUAAAACAAUGUGGCAUGUUAAACUACACUAAAUAACCUGAAAGUUUCAUUCAAAUUCCCGUGUUUGUUCGUGGCCAGAAAAAAA